CUCCCUCUCCUCCUCCCUUCCUGUUACUUGCACACAUGUGACUCUGCCAGAGAGCAGCUGACUAGCGUCGCUCUUACUUCCUCAUCUCUAGGACUCUGCAUGUGUGACUGCUGCUGCUGCUGCUGCGUUCCCCAGCUAUGAGAUAAAGCGGCAGCGACUCUGCUCCCGUUGUAGCUUUUGAUCUCCCGCAGGAAGAGAUGUGUCACCCCGGCUCACUCCGUGCAGGGACCUGCUGCUUGUUAGUGCUGGGACUCCUGUGCUCAGCACUUGUACAAGUGGAAGGGAGGGGAUCUCGGAAACCGAACGUGGUGCUGAUCCUAACCGAUGAUCAGGAUGUGUCCCUGGGUGGCAUGACUCCAUUAAAGAAGACUAAAGCGCUGAUGGCAGAUCUUGGCAUAACGUUUACCAAUGCCUACGUUGGCAGUGCCCUCUGCUGUCCGAGCAGAGCCAGUAUUCUGUCUGGUCGAUACCCACAUAACCACCAUGUUGUCAACAACACAAUAGAGGGAAACUGUAGCAGCAAAGCCUGGCAGAAGACACAAGAGCCUCACACCUUCCCAGCUCUUCUCCAGUCCAUCGGCUACCAGACAUUGUUUGCUGGAAAGUACUUAAAUCAGUAUGGAGUGGAGGAUGCCGGUGGAAUGAGCCAUGUACCUCCUGGAUGGAGUUAUUGGUUUGCUUUGGAAAAAAAUUCAAAAUACUAUAACUAUACUCUGUCAGUGAAUGGACGGGCACGUAAUUAUGGACAGAACUACAGUGUAGAUUACCUGACUGAUGUCUUGGCCAACAUUUCCUUGGACUUCCUGAAUUACAAAUCAAAUUAUGAGCCUUUCUUUAUGAUGAUCGCCACUCCGGCACCACACUCCCCAUGGACGGCUGCUCCUCAAUAUGCAAACGCUUUUGUGAACAUUAGCGCUCCAAGAACCAACAAUUUCAAUGUUCACGGCAAGGACAAACACUGGUUAAUUAGACAAGCAAAGACUCCUAUGGCAAACUCCUCCAUCCAGUUCCUAGAUGAUGCAUUUCGCAAGAGGUGGCGUACGCUGCUCUCAGUUGAUGACUUGGUGGAGAAACUUCUGAAGGAGCUCCAGGCUCGAGGCGAACUGGAUAACACUUUUAUCUUCUUCACAUCUGACAAUGGAUACCACACAGGUCAGUUUUCCAUGCCAAUAGACAAACGGCAGCUCUACGAGUUUGAUAUUAAAGUUCCACUACUUGUCCGUGGACCUGGAAUCAAGCCUAACCAGAUUAGCAAGGCACUUGUUGCAAACAUUGAUCUAGGUCCAACCAUUCUGGAUAUUGCUGGUUUUGACCUCAAUAAGACCCAGAUGGAUGGGAUGUCUUUCUUCCCUAUUCUGAGAAACAGUAAUGUUACCUGGAGAACAGAUAUGUUGAUUGAAUAUCAAGGAGAAGGUGGUAAUCGUACUGAUCCGUCAUGUCCUGCCCUAGGCCCUGGGGUUUCUCAAUGUUUCCCAGACUGUGUAUGUGAAGAUGCUAUAAACAACACCUACGCCUGUGUGAGGACAAUGUCCGCAGCCCAUGAUUUGCAGUACUGUGAGUUUGAUGAUGCAGAGGUUUUUGUGGAAGUCUAUAAUCUGACAGCGGAUCCAAACCAGUUGACAAAUAUCGCUAAAACCAUAGACCAAGAGAUCCUGGAGAAGAUGAACCAUCGUCUUAUGAUGCUGCAGUCUUGUUAUGGAGUGUCAUGCCAAACCCCAGGGGUUUUUGAUCCCAGGUACCGAUUUGAUCCACAAUUGAUGUUCACAAGCCAAGGUGAAUGGGGUCACAUGUUGAACAGAAAGUAUUUGAAGCAGCGCUCCUUACGUUAAGUGUUCCGUCUUCACGUUCAGGUCUUUGAAGUGACGAGCGGGCUUAUUUCUGUCAUUUUUGUGCAGGACCUAAUCACAAGUCGGCCUCCUUUGUGAAAUCUGUGACUUGUAAACGCUCUGGUAAUGUGAUUGUUUUCCUGGUACUGCAGUACUAUCUAGGUAACUUAUGGCUGACUGAUUCACUGCUGGGACUGACUGGCUGCAGUUUUAGACGGUUAAAAUGACAAAGGGAACAGACUGUGUCCUAUUUCUCACUUUCUCUCUCCUAACCAAUCUUAAAAGCAAUGAACCUUUUGUUUUUCAUAUUGAUCUGAAUUGAUUAUUCAAACUAAACUCUUGCAGUGUACUAAUGACUCUUAAGAAAAAAAAAAAAAAGUUUGUCUUUUUAACUAGAUAAGAAUAUUUUUGUUAUAAUAUAACCUGAAAUCCUAUAAAACUUCUAAACUGGGAAACAUAUCAGGGUUUUGGAAUGUUAGAUUAAUCCAUAGUUUGGUGUAAAGCUGCUUUUUUGAGAGUUGUGUUAAUUAUGAAAUCAUCUUUGCUUUUUCAGCGUUGUGUUCUAGUGUGAUAAUAGUCUUAUGCCUAAAUAGAUUGAGGGCAAUUCAAUUCUGGUGAUGUCCAGCAGUACACAUUACUCUGAAUAUUUAUCAAAAAUAUGCUGGUAUUUUUUUUUAAUCAUCAGUCCUAUUAAUGAAACAUUGCACCUUCACUGGCCGAUAGGUAGAAAUAAUUAAUGUUAAAGCUUUAUUUAUAAAAGGGUUUAACGUACAAUUUGAUCAUGAAUUAUUUUUCAGAUUGUCAUGAAAAUAAGGUCCAAAUGUAAAAGGGAUUUAGCUGCUUGGUUUAAAGCGGAACAUUAUUUUCCUUUUAGAAGAAAUUGCCACUUUAAAUCUUGUGACUAAAUCAUCGAAACCUGGCUGCUGUUUGCAGCUUGCAGGCUAUUACAUUCUGACGUACAGUACGUCUGCCAGAUGCAGUGCCCCUACCACAUAAUGUGUUUGUCAGUAAAAUUAUCACUUGUAGUUCGUGGAGCUAGAUUGUUCCAAUACGGCUUAUUGGUUUAUUUAGUCACAACAUAUUUAGAAUUCUACUAAAGAACAACUCCCCCCCCCUUCCCAUUGUCAUAAAACCGGUAGUGAAAGGUGUAUCCACAUGUUAUGAAACUAAAAUAGAUCCGGUACAUAACAUACGAGUUCGAGACAGUACAUCAAGCUGCUAUUACAUUGCACUGGAUGUAGUGGCUUGCAAGACGGUCGGAGCUCCGAAACUCCGGGCGAACUGUUUUUUUUUUUGUUUUGUUUUUUUUUAAAGCCGCAAACGUUUACAAGGCAAAACAGACCAGUAAAUGUUUGCUGUUUUAAAAAAAACACGUACGGGUUCGGCCGGAGUCUCGGCGCUCCGACUGUCUCGCAAGCCAUUACAUCCGGCGUAUUGUGGCACACGCAUCCAGUAAGCCAGGUAUUGUAGCCAUGGCAAAUAAAUAUUGACAUGAUGGCUUCUAGGUUUUGUCUCUCCUAGAGUUGUCAGUGUGUAGUGCAUAUACUGUGCACAUCUGCCCUCUCCAUGUGUAUGAUUGGCCAGCACCUUGAACACACAGUUAUUGCUUUUUCAGCUUGUAGUAUGAAAAUAAUGGUUUGUCUUCUUCAUUACAAUAUGAUUUAUACUAAUUCUCCACCUGCAUAGCCACUAUAUAUUUUCAGUGAAAAAUUAAAUGAAGGGUUCAUGUAAAGUCAUUUCUAAAUAGUAAUUUAUUUACCCUGUAUUGUGCAGUAUUAUAGAAGACAAUGUAUAUUUUGUGCAGAAAUUAUUUUUGGACACUGCCAUAGUAGUAGUUUGCUAAUUACAUAUGAAUGCCUACAGAAUACAUCACAUUCUCUCACUGUAAUAAGUCACAUGGUGACAAGUCUGUAACAUGUACGUUGUUUUCUUACAGAGAUUCAACUUUUAAAGUUCAUGAAUUGUCCAAUCUUGCAUUUAGUUUUCUUUCCUUAAAUCUGAUAAUAUGGAAAAUUGUCACAUCAGCAUAUAGGGGUAGAUGUAUCACACCUUAGAGAGAAAUAGAGAGGGCACUAACCAAACAGCUCUUGUCAUGUUUGAGGAUGUGUGUAAAACAAAACAAAAAAUGACAGGAGCCGAUUGGUUGGUACUUUAUCUCCAAGCGUUGAUAAAUCUCCCCCAUAGUGCUUGUUAGAAUGGGAACUAUAUGAAUUAUUCACAUAGAAGGGAACAUGCACUGGAGAUAUCUGUUCAGCCUUGGGUUUGUGAAAUAACUAUUGUCAUUCAUUUGAUUUUCUGCAUGUAUUUGUGUGACUAUUGUAGUGUUUGCAUUGCCUUUAUACUUUACACAUCCAGUGAUCCACUACAUUCUUCUAAUUUAAUGAUUUAUAUUGCAAUUUUUUUUCCUUUCAAAAAAUCUGGAUAUUGUGUCAGUAGGUAAAUUAUUUAAUGAAGCUAGUGUGCAAUAAUCUGAUUGAAGUGCAUGGAAAUGUGCUUGAAAGUAUUAAAAGCAAUGCAAGUUUAUAAAAGAAACCUGUUUUGAACAUAUAUAAAUUCAGUAUGUUCAAAAUGUUGUAUUCUGUUGUGUCAGGCUUAGUUGGGUGGAAUAACUGAGACAAAUACCAAUGUACUUGUGUAUCAGAGGCCCUUGUGACGCAUGCAAUCCAUUGCAUGAACUGUAACAUCUAGUUCCUACACAUUAUCCUCCAUCGGCUCGAUAUGUAGCUGCCGAGCUGGCAAUGGUAAAUGUAGUAGUCAUUAGCAAGUGAAGUUGACCAAGAAGUCACUUUGGGGAUCUGCACACAGGAACCCAGAUGAAUAUGUCAGAUUGUUGAGACACAAUCUUUCCCACCCAAGCUUCUGUAAGGAGAGUCAUAAAAUGUUCUCAGCUGCUGAGAGUAGACGACCAGGCUUAGCACUAGAACUAGAUCUCCAAUUUAAGUGACGUUUAGAGCAACAAUGACUUCACACUGGCAAUCUCUAGCAGGUUUUGGACUUUUAUAUGUUUGAUCAGCAGAUAACUCUUUGCCUUGUGAUAACUGUCAUCUUAUUUAAAAAGUGUCCUUUACCUAGACCCUGUUCACUGCUGCACUUUUCAAUAAAAUGUUAUUUCUCA